UAAAAAAUAUAUAUAUAUCUACGUGGAGUAAAAAAAUUAAAAAUUAAAAAGAAUUUUAAAAAACAGGAAAAACUACCGGGCAGCUGCUUCCGGUUCCCCCACCAGCUGAAAGUCAGGUGUCGCCGGGUUGUUUGCAAACAGUCCCGUCGGCCCCCCUUCAGCUCCAGGGUCCAAGAUGGGGGAAAACGUCGACAGCGAAAUCAUUGAGCACCACGUCGAGGAGGAGGUGGAGGUGGAGGAGGUGGAGGAGGAGAAGGGCACGAGGAGCCACGCAGCCUCCGGCUCCUCGUUCCUGGGGAGCGUCACCCCGUCCGACCGGGAGGGCCACAGCGGCACCCAGUCCUCCCACAGACUGCUGGCCUACAGCGACGCGCUCAUCUCCAUCAUCGCCACCGUCAUGAUAUUACCCGUCGCCCACACGAAGAUGGAGAACAAUGAGGAGUUGCGGGAGAGCGUGCAGCUCCUGCUCACAACAAAGAUAGCCGUCUACUUAAUGACGUUCCUGAUUGUGACUGUUGCAUGGGCUGCUCAUAUCAGGUUAUUUCAAGUUAUCGUGCGCAUAGACGAUUGCCUCGCGCUGCUGAACCUCGCCUGCAUGAUGCUGAUCACCUUCCUCCCGUACACCUUCUCUCUGAUGGCGGCCUUCCCCGAGAACAUCCUCGGGCUCUUGCUCUUCUGCGGCUGCGUGAUGGUGAUGGGCGUCAUCCAGUCGGGCAUCGUGCUGUACGCCUUCAGCCGCCCCUUCCUGCUCAACGAGCAGAUCCAGAUCUCCGAGAACCAGACCUUCUACAAGCACCACAUCCUCAAAGUCAUCAUGCGGGUUCCCCUCAUGUGCUUCUUCGCCAGCAUCUUCUCCUUCAUCUUCUUCCAGCUGUCUUACGUGCUGCUGGCGAUCGUCAUCUUCCUGCCGUACAUCUCCCAGUCCUUGAAGUGGUGUCGCAGCAAAGCAAUCGGUCAGGAGCAGGAGAGUCCAGACUCCAUGUUGUUUUACACCUACCUGCCCAACGAGCCGCUCAGCAAGGACCGAGUGGAGGCGUUCAGCGAUGGCGUCUACGCCAUCGUGGCGACGCUUCUCAUCCUGGACAUUUGCGAGGACAACGUCCCCGACCCGGCCGUCGUGCAGAAGCAGUUCGCCGGCAGCCUGGUGGCGGCGCUGCGGGUCUACGGCCCGGAGUACCUCGCCUACUUCGGUUCCUUCGCCACCGUCGGCCUCCUCUGGUUCGCGCACCACUCGCUCUUCCUCCACGUCACCAAGACGACGCGCUUCAUGGGCCUGCUGAACACCUUCUCCCUGGCGUGCGUGGGCGGCCUGCCGCUGGCCUACCAGCUGACGCACGAGUUCCCGCCCGACUCCCGCAACGAGCUGGAGGCCAUCCAGAUCAGCUGCGUCAUCAUCUUCUUCGCCGGCGGUUUCCAGCUCGCCAUCUGGGUGGUGGCGCUGCACGGCGAGCGGGAGACCCUGCACCCGUACGUGCGCUACGGCGGCCGCGAGCACGCGUUCAUGUUCGCCAAGCUGUCGCUGUACCCGUGCGUCGCCCUGGGGACGUUCUUCCUGACGUGCGUCCUGAGUCGAUUCAGCGCUCCGAUUUUCCACCUGAUGGAGAUCACGGUGCCGUUCGCCUUCCUGGUGCUGAGGCUGUUGGUGCGCGUCGGGCUGGCGUCGCUCCGGAUGAUCUUCUGUCCCGACCGGAACGGCGCCGCGGAGGAGGCCGACGACGAGGCGAGAGCGCCGCUCAGCGCUUUGGUCGCCUAGCUCGCUGGAAAGGGAAGCGGCGGCGCUAAAAUACUGAAGAAGAAGAAGAAGAAGAAGAAGAAGAAGAAGAAGAAGAAGAAGAAGAAGAAGAAGAAGAAGAAGAUCCCUCGGUGGAGACUUCACAUGUCGAGGGCGGAGAGACGGCCGUCCAGUGAUUUGUGCUUAAAAAAAAACCGACAACUUGAAUCUACUUUUUGAUUUUUAGCAAAUAAUCAACGAUUCAUCUUUGUGAAAUGCCCCCAUUUUCCUUUUUAAGCUCACGUGUCAGGAAGUAGCAAACGGGGGGGGGGGGGUCAAUGAUUUUGAACUACUUCCUGUUUACAGGUGUGGCUUUUGGUUCCUGCUCGUCAGUUAGUUUGUUAUUUAACCGGAAAAAGUUUCUGUGUGAGACGACGAGUCCGUCCAGCUUCUUCAUCUCUUUUAACCGUUGUUAACAUAAAAUACACGAGUAUUUAAAUACUUUGCGUCCGAGGAGGAAGGUUUCGUUUCACCAGGUAAACGUCUGGAAGCGUUUUGCACUUUAAACAUUAUCACAAAUGGGUACGGCCAUAAAAUGGCAGAUUGCACUGUUUUAAAAUAUUUUUUUAUUCAUAUACGUCCUUCAGAUCGCACUGAGGGGCAAAGGUGAGGUGGGGUGGGGUGGGGUGGGGGGGGUCUAAGUCUGAUCUAAAUGGUUUAACAGGUUAAAGGAUAGGUUUUGGCAGGUGAAUGUUUAUUAUUGUAAUUCUCAUUUCGGCCACAAGAGGCUCCACUACCUGCUAACAGUAAAGUCCACUUGUGUGAGAUGUAAACUUGUGUUUGUCUUAUUUAGAACAUUAGUGGUGCGUUUCAACCUCUUGUGGCCAAAAUAAGUAUUACAACAACAAAUUACCUGCGAAAAAGAUUAAUUUUGACUGGAGAACUUAGAUUAAUCCACAGGAGGAAACGAUUCAGAUCAGAAUUGGAACAUGUCUUUUUGACACUUGCCCUUCAGGGCUUCCGUAGCUUUUUGGUGUAUCGUCACGGGAACGUGAUCUAACCCUUUUCAGUUAUGUCACAAUGCUUUUUGUUUUCUAUUCCUAACGUUUAUCUUUUAUCAGAACGGAAAUGUAAAAGUUUAAAAAGUAGAAAGGUCUGAUUUUUAGUUUCAGUGAUGAUGAUUUCAGUCUUUUAAAAAGUGGCUUAAACUUUGACUUUAUGACGUGAUGUUAAGAUCAGAAUGAAUCAUUUUAUUGUUUUACAUAUUCCUAUUUGUGAAGUCCUUUUCUCCACAAGGGGUCGCUGUUGUUUCGAGGUACGCGUGUUCGAUGCCGAGUCCGACCCGAGACGCACUUUAAUGGAAACCUGUCCGGUGAUGGAGAAGGUUACACAUAAAUCUUGUUUGUCACGUUUUUUUUAUUCCAUUGUAUAAAUUAACAGCAGCUUCCAGAUCAGACCUUCAUUCAGAAGAAAGUUAAAAAAAAAUUUAUUUAUUAUUUAAUGAUCUGUAAAUCGGCUUUGGUUGAUUUGAAUUGGAAAGAAAAAUAAACACAAUGUCGAGUAUAACGUAUAAUUUCCUCCAUAUUUAGCGUAGACACCAAAUUAAUCUCAUAAAUCACAAACUGUCUUGUUGACCAGAAGAAAAGUCAAUCCCAUAAUAUUGCUGUUGACAAUGUUGAGUGUUUGUUUUUAUUUUUUUCCGCUUUGAUUGUUGAAUAAACGUGAAGUUGUUGUUCCUUC